CGGAGGGCCGGGGCGGGGCGCGGCGCACUGCGCGACGCGAUUUUGCCCGGCCACGGGUACUUUAUCGAAUGCGUCACAAUCCGGUGCGGUCGCGGCCUGGGCGGUUCGGCUCGGGGCUUCGGAGAGUCCCUCGGCCCCUUGGCCCUACCCGGCUCCACGGGUAGGCGAAAUUAAGCGCAGGAAGAGCCGGCCCGCCCUUUCCGCUCGGGUGAGGAGCGUUUGCCCAGGUGAUUUUAGUAGCGUCGAUCUCCUUUUGACCAGCGCAAAACCAAAGAUACUAAAGGCGUUAAAUAAAUAGUGAGAAGAGAGAAGCAACACUCAAGAUCAGAUCUGGGAAGAGUGCAGCACGCAGUUCUGCAUCAAGGUCCGUGAUAACUGAUUGGGAGCGGUUGCAUCACUCACCUUCUGAGGGUGUCUUGCACCAAGCCCUCUUUGCAGCGCGUGCCACCUUCCUCUGCGGCCGCACGAGUAGAGAGCGCUGAAGGAGUGGGAUAGACUGAACCUGUGCAACCAUAUUCUUCGAGAGAGGCGGAGGACAGUUUGAGAUAUGGCAACCCAGGACUUGAUGGCGAAAAAAAGAGAAUGUCUUCAGGCCUACAGCUGGUGGAGGACACCACAGAAGAAACGGAAGAAAAAGAACAAAAUAAAACCAGGAAGAAUAGAAUUUGUCCCUAGUAGUACUAAUACAACCAGACCGGAUUACUCGAUAUUUGUUGGGGAGCUUACACCAGAAGUGGAUGAUUUCCAGCUCUAUGACUAUUUCCUCAAGAGAUACCCCUCAUGUAUUGACUGCAAAAUAGCAACUGACCUGCUGGGAUAUUCCAGAGGGUAUGCCUUUGUCAGAUUUGGUGAGCAAGGUGAUCAGAUGAGGGCACUGCAAGACUGCCAGAAUGCACCAGGUCUGGGGGGAAAGCGAAUCCGGCUCAGCAUAGGAAUUUCUAAAAGACUGAAAGCAGAGUUCCAGCGGUACCAGUCAUACAACUACAAUGAUUAUUACCAAGAUUAUCAGAACUACUACUCACAGUGGGGUUAUGACCCUUAUGCUGAAUACAACAACUACAGCUCCUACAAUCCCUAUGACAGCAUGCAAGCUGUUGGAGACUGCUCUUUAGGAGAUGCUGUCAUGGCUCCAGCUGUUUUUGAGGAAACUGCAGCUAUGACUGAAAUCAAUGAUGACCUAAUGACUGAAGAUCCACAGCUUUACUUGGAUGUUGAUGAAAUGAACAGACAAUUUAUGGAGACAAGUGAAGAACUUUACGAUUCCCUCAUGAAUUGUCACUGGCAACCUCUGGAUACGGUCACUUCUGACAUCCCCCCUGCUAUUUAAGUGUCUUAUAUAGCAUGACCGUUAUGACCAAGGGAUGCUCUUGGACCAACAGCUUCUUUCUAGCGCUACCUCAAAGUAACUCGCAGAUAUAACUCACAGGGAAGAUUGAUCAAAUGGUGGUGAUCCCUAUCAUUCUGCUGGAGAGAGAGAUCUAUUUGCCUUUUGUUUUCCUUUUAAAUAACCUUUUAUUUAACUCGAGCGACUCAUGUCAAUAGACAUCGUUCUGACCACAUCCACAAGUAUUCCUGAGUCACGAGUGUCAUUCAAGGCAUGUCGCCGGAUGGAAAUUGUUCUAAAUAAGUAAAAUGGAAGUAAAAGAAGUAAAUAAAGCAGCACUUGAAUUUACAAGAGCAAA